AUGUGGACAGAGGACGUGGAUCAAGAGAAUGCACGCCUGACCGCUCAAAAUCAACAACUGCUAGCCGAACUGGAUGCCGGACAAAAACGUGAAGCAGAGCUGAUUGAGCAUUUGGUCACAGCUCAAUUGCGUAUCGAUAAACUUCAGGCUAUUCGACUUGCUCAAAAGAAAACAAUUGCCGAUCUGAAACAUGGUACUCUUUCCUCACGGAGCAAAGAUGUACCACUCGGAAAUGUCACCAACACCUCAAACAAAGAACUGGCGACAUCUAUUCGAAUUCGUGAACUGGAGCGUGAGGUGGAUUUUCUGACCGCCCAUGUGGAAGAAUUGUCCUCAAAAUCUCAAUCAAAGGCUGUGGCUUGGAGAUACAUUGAAGCCCAACAGGACAGUCUUAAAGCGCGAGAAGAACUGGCAAAAACACGCACUUUAUUUGAUGAUCUGAAGGAUGAACUGGAUCAGGCGCAAGCCGCGAACAACCUCGUCCAACGUGAACUGAGCAUGACCAACGCGGAAUUGGCUUCCACAAAGCGGGCACAUGAAGAACAUGCGAAACGAACAAAGGAGCAAAUUGGUCGUUUGAUGAAACAGAUUCGUGCAGAACGCCGAAAAGCCGUACACGAAACACGAGAAGAAAUCAAACAACUAGACCAAGUAGACUCAGAAGAACGGCAACAAGCAAUUGAAGAGUUGCGCAAUGAAGUGGGUUGGCUUAAAUACCUGUCUACCGUGUUGCAAGAGACCUGUGACAAUCUGAAACAGGAACACGAAAAAACGCGGCAAACGGAAGCCACUCUGGUCCGAACCAAGAGUGAAUUGCGUCAUGUUCGACGAGAACUCGCCACAAUCCAACUCAGAAUGCAACAAUCAAACCCAACUCCGGAACACAUCACAACUGGAUCGGGUACAUUAGAUCGAGACGAGCAAAAAUCGCACGAUACAUCUGUUCGCAAUCCGUUGCUUCAACUGAAAAUGGAAAAUCACAAACUGCACAAAUUGGUUCAGUUGCUGAGAACUCGACUGACGCGGACCGCCCCGGCAUUUCAGGGUCAAUAUCAAUUUGUCAGUGGAGUCUGA